ACUUUCCAAAGUUUUUUUUUUCCUUUAUCGUGAAUGAGCACAUCAGUCCCGGUGCCGAGGAUGGGGAGGUGCAGGGGAGUGUAGAGAGGUGGUGGGGGAUGGAAGGAGGCGGUUGCGACGGAGGAGCUCAUUUGACCAGCCUCUUGGCUACGUCUGCGUAGGCGAUCUCGAUCUCUGGAUUCAUCCGAGAGGUUUUUUUUUAAACGGAGAGGAGGCUCGCCUGACGGUGACUGCGCGAUAUUUCUAACGAAAGUCAUCUCCGUGUCUCCUUCCCUCUUUCAUCCUGUAACCCGUUAAAAAAACGGAAAUACAAACUCGAAUUACUUUUGAAAACGAGCGGGAACUGCCAGUAAAUGCAUCACAUGCUUGAAAUCAUGCGUGGAGGCGACAUUUUAUUUUUUUCUUUCUUUUCUUUUCUUUUUUUGGCUGUUUUUCGGGGGGAUUUUCAGCUCGAGUCGUUUGGAAAAUGCGAUGCCACGCACUGAACAGCAGGAGGAAGGCGUGCUAUGGUUUUUAUUUCAUUUAACGUAGUGAAGUUGGGGGACUCCCGGGUCAUUGAGACCCUGCUGCAAGCGGGGGCAAAUCCAAAUGUGCCAGAUCCCUCCUGCGGUCUCACCGUGACCCACGAUGCCGCUCGUGAAGGAUUCGUGGAUUCUGUGCGCGCGCUGCUAACAUAUGGGGCCGAUGUUAACAUCGCAGAUGAAAAAGGUAACCUUCCGCUGCACCUGGCCGCCAGUAAGGGUCACGUGGAGGUUGUCAAGCUGCUCAUUGGAUGCACCGGGAAUCGCGACGUACGCAACAAUGACGGACUCACCGCCGAGCAGCUCGCGCGCGGCAAUAGCCACACGGACACAGCCACGUUCAUCCAAAACCAUCAGUAAGAGGAAGGAUAGGAUGAAGAGAACCUGGAAUCCGUUUGGAAACUUCUUCUGAUCUUUUGUUUCAUGGACUUUUUUCCCGGGACAUUGAACACAUCGAUAAGUACAAUAAGUAAUUAGCGCUACAAAAAUCUGGUUAUUAUAUUCACAGUCUAGUGUAAAGAAUACUUAGCAACACUUGCUUACUAAAUCAAAGAAUGUGACUCUUUCAUAUGGUUAUUGAAAAACUGUGAAACUGAGUGCAUAAAAGUGUUUUUUCUAUUGUUAUUUUUAUGCAUUUACUAACUAACUAACUAACUAAUACCUUACAUACUGUGAAAGAUCACUUUCACAUUCACCAUUAGGUGCACCUACACACCUCCAACACAAUCACAUAAACAUUAACUUCUUUUUGAUGCUGCAUUUUGUUUGGUGGUGUUAUGUUCCAGUCAUCUAUGAAAGCUCUCAGAAAAAGCCUGGCACCUUUGUGUCUGGGCUAACAUUUAUCUAAUGCUUCAAAGUUAGUACAAAGUUAUGUUGUAUCAAACAGCAAGCAUCAAAGUGUGGCAUCUAACUGUAACCUAAGAGUGGUUCUUCCGUUUUUUGUGCACACUGCAAAUAAAUCAGACGUACAAUUU